AUGUUUAGAAUAAUUGAAAUACAUAGUCUAAGACAUUUUUCUGUAUCACCUCUUUUAUUAAAAAAUCACUAUGAAACUUUAGGUGUCAAUAGAGAUGCCUCCCAAAAAGAGAUAAAAAAGGCAUUUUAUGAAUUGUCGAAAAAACAUCAUCCAGAUAUGAAUCCAGGAAAUGAUAAAGAAUCAGCUGAAAUGUUUUCAAUGAUAUCAAAAGCAUAUGAAGUUUUGUCUAAUAAUUUAGCAAGAAAAGAAUAUGAUGAAACAAUUAGACCUCCACCAAGAAGUUACUCAGAAAUGAGUAGUAGACAUUUUACACAAACUAAAAAAAACUAUACAGAUGCAAAUAUAGAUUUAAAAGAUUUUGAAUCAUUUCAAAGAUCUGCACGAUUAAGGCGUGGAUUUCAUGAAAAAUUUGAUAUGCCUGAUGAAUUUUUUGCCAAAUUUGGAGGUAAAAAAUUUAAAUCAAAUUUUGCAGAAGAUGAUAUACCAAAUGCAUUCAAUUACAAAGAUAGAGUCUCUGCUGAACGGGAAGCGGAGGAAUUAAAAAUUCUAAAAGAAAUAGAAGAAGAGAAAAAAAAGAGUAGGUAUCCAUUACCAACAUUUGAACAGUUGGUUCAACAACAAAAACAAAAAAAGUAUGAAGAAAAUCGUAGACUUAGUAUUGUUGCAGCAUCAAUAUUCGGAGUGGCAAUGUGUUUUGGAGCCUUCUCAAUGCUUAGAUAA